UCUUUAAACAGAAGGAUUGGAAUUUAAGAAAAAUACACUUCUUCUUGGAAGUCAUGCACUACCGAUUACCUUUAUCAUUUGGGAGGGUAGGAAUAGUUGCUGAUCGAAACUUUUGAGAGAAGCAAAGAUGUCAUUAUUGACCAACCUUUUCACAGUCUGCAGUCUGCUGUUUGUAUAUACAGGUGUCAUAGUUGGAUGCAUUAGAAAGUCUGACAAUUCAAAUCCUAGCAAAAUAGACAACGAAGAAAACAACCAAAUAAUUCUUGAAAAUUAUAGACUUAGUUGUUCGGAUAACGAGACAAAAGCGUUAUCAUGUUUAAAUGGAGGAUCUUGUUUUGUUGUAUAUGUAGAAGACAGAAUAGUGAAAUGUGCAUGUUCAAAUAAAUAUAUUGGUAAACGAUGUGAAAUGAUAGACCCGGAAAUCAUAUUUCGUCAAUCUGAAAAUGAAGGGAAAGACGCCAGAAAUGGAUUCAUUAUUGGUUUUAUAGUAAUAAUCAUCUUAUUACUCAUUGCUCUUUUUGUACUUAUAUAUUUAAAGAGAUGCAAUCAAAACGAAAUAACAGAUUUUCAGAAACUUUCAGAAUUGGGAAGGCGAACAGUAUAAAAAGAUUCUGUAUCAAUUCGUUCUAUAAAACAAAUGGAACAAACACUUCAACUUGAUGUUAAUACCAGGAAAGAUUGUUUUGUUUCAAUAGCGUGUGCUGAUAAUUUUAGCUUAAAUGUGACAAUUGUUAUAGAAUUGACGAACUCAGCAACGUUUUCAUUUCCAGACAUGGAAUACCUUAAUUGUAUUUGUCACAACUUUUCGUUAUUUCCGGUUUUUAAUACUCUUCAACUUCGUAUUUGAUUAGCCUCUCUGGCUAAUUUUAUUCGAGCGUCUUGGUGAGUCACAAAUAGAUAAAACAUGACUUCUGGUGACUAGAGUACCAAAUUAAUGUCCUGUAUCGUUGAUGAGCUUUACUACCAGUGUGUCAAUACCAGUGUCAAUAAAUGAUUUGUCCAUACAGUAGUCAGCACAUUGAUAUAUUUAUUUUCUGUAAAUUAAAGUAUAAAAUAGAA